AGAAGGAGGAUAUAGCUACAGGCGUUAAUAUGGGAAGCCAUUUGUUGUGUCGGUGUAACACGUUUGCACACAGCCAGCAGCCACCCCAGCCUGAAUCACCCUGAGCGCUGUCCCGUCAGUAACCCACCCGCACGGCCUUCUCUCCAGUUACACCGUCCGCACCUCCUCAUUCACCGCGCACUCGCCGCGCAGCCACGGUUCGGGAAGCACCACUCGCGUGCGCCGCACAUUCUGCUCAAGACUUUUCUCUCUCCCUCUCUGUCACACCCGCGUCUCACCGGCGCCUCCACAGCACACAACUUAAUCUUGUACGUGUGAGCAAUACUCGAGGCGGAGAGUGACGAAUCUUGCCGUGCCUUUACACUUCUGAGACCAAAACACUCAGCCUCACAUGGAAAGAUUUUUAUGUAAUUGGUGUGAAGGGACAGGAUUCCUGGUGACUCUCAGCGCCUACAACGAGGUCAUGCCGACCAUUUAGCAGCACAGGAGCCCCAGGGAGCCACGGCGAGGCCAACCCGCGGGACGAGGUGAUCACAGAGGCGGGGAGGCCGGAGUGUUGUGAGCCACGGUGGAGGCUGCUAGUGAGCGACCCUCGUUCCCACCAGGCGAAUGAGGACAUCCUAUGGCAGGAGCCUCAAGUCCGUCUCUGUCAUCCCAGCACCAAGCCUGCCACACUCACCUCCGCGCCGAGAAACCUCCCAACAAGGGCGACCCGCGACCCUCACACUCACUGCACACACAUUAAAGUCUCCUGAAGGCCUUGCCAGUGUCUUUGUGAAAGAGCUACGCUGAGGAAGAAACUGAAGAGAAAGAAAAGAAAAAGAAACUGAAAGACACACCUGUGGUCAAUAGGUGAACGUUUAGUGAGAGGGAGGAGGAGCUGCCGAGAGUGCCAGGAGCGAUGGGGGAAAGUGGGGGCGCCGGUGGGGGCGGGGAGUGGGGCAAGCCUAUCAUGGGACUCCUAGGGCUGCUGGACUCACUGUUAUCCAUCUUUGUGUUCGCGCCCCUGGUGGUGUUUUACUGGCGCGGGUGUUGGCAGCUCAUGGACACCUACCUCUUUCCGGAGAACCAACUGUACUCCACGUUCACCUCGCUGGGCAUCGGAGUGCUGUCCGGCUUGCUCUUCUGUCUCAUCCAGGGGCCCCUCGCCUCUCUCUGUGACCACUCGCGACGCCCCAUCCUCCACCUGCUGAUAUCGCGAUUCUACACGCUCAUCUACUGUGUAUGCGUCGUCAACCACUGGCGGGGCGUGUGGAACGUGUGGGACUUCUACACGGGCACCUCGUGGCAGUCUGGGGCUACGUCCUUCGGCAUCGGUCUCCUGGCACUGGCACUGACUCGCGGCCUUAAGAACAUCCUGGCCCCGCCCUUCCUUGUAGUUCCGGAUCACCCAGUUGGAUACUUCUCCGUCCCUACUCUCUUUCAAGCCGAGAAGGAGCGGUGCGGGUACUUCCUGCUGGACACCGUGUUUACCGUGGUGGUGACGGGCUCCCUCGUGGUGUUCGUGUGGCGCGGCGCUUGGGUGUUCCUGGACGCGAUGCUCUUCCCUACUCAAAUCAUCUACUCCGCGUGGGGCUCCAUGGCUGUGGGGAUGACGGUGACGAUGCUGUCCUUCCUGGCCCAGCUGAUGAUCGUGCCUUGCUUCCGACACAUCCACAAGGGGCUGGGCAAGAUUCUGAUCGAGGACUCCUACCACACCAUCUGCUUCCUGGGCUGCGUCAACGUGUGGCGAGGCGUCUGGUUCCUUCUCAAUAUUUAUCUGAUGCCAGAACUGCAGACGGUGAGUAACUUCCUGACGGCCGUAGCGGGACAGAUCGUGCUUAUGUGCUUCUACACAGCCAACUCCAUCCUAGUGAGGGGCGCCGUGAUGGAUGGGGCAUACGAGGGCGCCAAAGGCAUCAUCUUUCCCACGCACUACCUCAGGUUCUUCUACAAGAACAAGAAGUUAGAAGAGCAAGAGCGUUCUAACAUGUGGAUGCAAGCUGAGGGAGGACAGAAGAUCCCGGGCAUCAGCGCUCCCCUCGAGGCGACGGUGGUGGGCAAAGCCAACGGCGUGUACGACAUGCGGGGUUACGGGGAUGGGCACAGCUUCAGCGGCGGCUACACGGACGCGUACAACAAUAUGGCAGGAGAGGAGGGGCGCGUCGGCCCCGCCAACACCACCUUCCAGAGCCAGGGUGCCAGCGAGGCGCGGCCAGUGCCUACCUCAGCCAGCAGCGCCGCCGGCAGGACUUAUCACGGGGAGGACCAAUCAGAGACUCACUUUUAGAGUGCUGUGUGCGGAGCAAGGUUUGCUUUCUGUGCCGGGAAGGUAUGAAAUACUUUUCUCAGUCUCAUCGUAUGAAUGAAGAGAAAUAUUAUUGUAAUUAUAUUUUCCUUUGUCGUGAGGCAAACUUAGAUACCAUAACCUUACUACGACAUCAGUAUUUAUUGAACACGCAACAGUUGAAGUCUAGGCUUGACUGAAGUCUGUGUGGUGAGACAGACUCAGUGUGAGAUUGUGUUCAGUAAUAACAUCCAGAUGAGUUGUGGCGGUGCUGCGCUCUCUGGGCGUGUGACGGUGGGCUGGGAUGGUGGGCGUGGUUGGCCAGGCGUUCGUGUAGUCGCGGGGUCACGAAGAGCUGACAUAGCUCAGUACUUGUUCUCAGGGACACGAUGAACAGUGAAGUUCGAGAGGGAAGGCGAGGCCAUGGGGAAGGGAAGGAAGGACUGUGUCGGUGUGUGGCGCUGUGCUGGAGCUAUGGUGGCGCGUGGAAAUAUGAAGCUGGACACACACACACACACACACACACACACACACACACACACACACACACACACACACACACACACACACAUCAGUGCCAUACAUAACGGUGCCUUCUUUAAAGUGCCAUAUUUCAGCCACUGCCUUAUGUUGUAUCUUAGGUGUAGUCUAGGAACUCUUAGAUUGCGCCUCGUACUCCAACCAAUAAGGAGAGAGGCAGCAACUCCCGCACUGAGAACAACACCAAACCAGCUUUUAGACAGGAUUCGAGGCAAAAUCUCUAAUUAUAGGUAUUAAAUUUUGUUAUUUGCUUAUUCAUUUAUUUCUACUUUAUUAGAUGGAAGCUCUAAAAAAUCGAAAUUAAAUGGAACAAUCUCCUAAAUGUACUUUUUGAAAUGACGAGAAAUGUCCAGUGGAUCGCUGAUUAAGGCAAGAGUGCUGACGGGUAGGCGGGGCUUCCCCAUCGGGUCCGUGGCGUGAAAGUUACAAAAGUGUUUGGUUUUGUUCUACCAUGGUUCAGGAUAGCGGGCGUGUGGCGUGAGUGGGAGGCGGCUGACCUCCACUAACCAAUAUCAACACCAAAGAUUAUCAAGUACUUCAGUGUCUUUGUCUCAGUGUGCAUUGUCUUGCUGUCACGCACGCCGUCGUUUGUGUGUUGUGGGGAUGUUCGUUGCCUUAUUUGUUCAGUGCGUCAAUUAAAUGUUUCACCAGAUGUCACUCGCAGCGUCCAUGCACGAGUGGUGUGCAACGAGUACAAAACUAGAGCUUUGGAUGCUCGGAUAAGGCUGAGCAAUGGUCAGUGUUAGACUUAGAACAGUAUAGGUUUCUCCUCUUUAAGCACAAACUGUUGCUGUGUUUGUCGUAGUUAUCCCUGAAGCAAUCCGCGUUGCGGGUUCUACUUACAAGUAAUAUUUAUAAGGCUUCACAAGCCCUUGAGUCAUUCGGUGCCAAAUAGUGGUUAGUUCGCCCUGAAGGCAGCGCGUGGCGCGGGCGUCGUCGUGAGUGGAGGUGGUGGCGGCGUGCCUCAGUUGCAGGCAUCCAUCUUUGCCUCACUUCUUAUUGCGACAGGUAAAGAGUAAUGUAGUCAGCGGAAGUUACUUUUCGCAACCUGUAGUGUAUUUGAGAAGGCCUGGCGUGGCUGAGUGUGGCGCGGGGCAGCUCUGCCUCAAGCCAUGCUGUCCAGCCGCGGAAGUCAACCAUAUAUUGUAUAUAUUAUACAUUACCACGUAUUUAUGUUUAGUUUGUCGCCAAAAUCUUUAAUUAAAAGCCAUCUGUGCGUCGGGCGGGCGUGUCCUAGCUGAGGAUAGACACCCGCGGGGCAGUGCGGAGGAUCACAGCGGGACUUGACACAGCUUACACCAUCCAAGAUGUCACGGCUCACGGUGAAAAAAAGUGACACACUGGCCAAACCUCGUAUUCAAAAUUCCAUCUGUGACGCACUAGUGGUGAGUGUGUGACGCACCCGCUGGUUACGCUCAUCUGCGUUACGCUCACUAUGAACUGCACACGUCUGUUUGUGUGUGGCGUCAGUGUGGUGCGGAGCACCCUUCCCGGCACGACCAGACUCCUAUUCUCCUGCACUCUCGGCCUGGGCUGAUGCGUCCUCCUAGCCCCGAGCACUUCUCUAUACAGUAAUUCUUUUCUACGUUUCGGUUGGAAAAUCGUGGCGGUGCACAGCCAGUACAAGUAUUAAGGAAAGAAACGCUUUGUCAAUCCGGGAGAUUAAAAUACACAAGGGUCGUUUGUCUGCCGCUAAAGGAUAAAACAGCGUAGAAAAGUAAACACUCGCUCUAGAUGCGAAAUAACUUUAUACAAUUCAGGAAAACAAGAUUGAAAAUGAUGCAAAAAGUUUAGGAACCGUAAAUUGCCUGUUGAGCCGGAGAGAGAGAGAGAGAGAGAGAGAGAGAGAGAGAGAGAGAGAGAGAGAGAGACUGGAGUGAUACUGAAAAUUGAAAAAAAAGAAAACAACUAGAAAAGAGAAAGAAAGGGAAGAUCAUAGUGAGGGGGAAAAGAAAGGUUGGGUUAAUAGGAAGUGGACGAGAGAAGGGAAGUGAAAGACAAGGAAGAGCAGAGAAGAGCGAAGGGAUGCUGGGAGAAAGAUAGAGGAGGAAGAGAUGGAAGUGAGUGUAGGGAAGGGAAAUGUUAGGUUGAUGAGCGGGAGUCGGGAAGAGAAGGGAAGGGAAGCGAAGGGAAGGGUAGGGCAGGAGAGGGAAGGGCGAGGCGAAGGGGCGCAGGGAGGCAGACAGAUGCAGCGUCAAGAAAGACAAACGAUCUCCCUCCCCGCUCUACAAUGUUUACCAAUUUGUUACACCGACUGGUACAAAUCCUGAUUUUUUCCCAUAUUUAACUCUGCCUUCCUGGCGCAUUCCGUAUUGUUUGUUUGGGUCUCUCUCUCUCUCUCUCUCUCUCUCUCUCUCUCUCUCUCUCUCUCUGGUCUAUAAAUACGAAAACAAGGGCAUGAUUUGGCGGAUUCAAAGCAGCAGACAAUCCCUGAGCUGCACAACUUUCCUGCCUUGAACAAGACUCACUUUGAAGCCACUCUUGUGUUAAUCUGCUAUAACGAACCCAAUACUUGUAGAUAUUAGGCCAGUAAGAUGAUAAAUGUACGUACGUAGUGUUCUAAGUAUAAAUAAAUAUGAAUAGUGCAAGGUGCAUAUACUACACAUACAAAAAAAGAUAAAAAAUAAAAUGCAGUAAAUAUU